AUGCCUACAGAAUGUGUGAAAGUUAUAGUGAGAAUGCGUCCAUUUAAUUCAAGAGAGAAGGAAAAUGGAAGUAAACCAUGUGUAACAGUGCAUGAGGAUACCAAUAGCGUUGAAUUACGUAGUAGUCAAGAUAAUGAAGUGAAGAAUUUUUCUUAUGAUUAUGUAUUUGGGGCUGAGACUCCUUAAUUAUAAAUUUAUUAGAAAACUGCUUUUAAUUUGGUUGAGUCUGUGGCAGAUGGUUAUAAUGGAACAAUAUUUGCAUAUGGAUAAACAGGUUGUGGCAAGACUUUUACGAUGAUAGGAGACCCAACUAAUGAAAACAUGAAAGGAAUAAUCCCAAGAACUUUUGAUCAAAUAAUAAGCAUAAUCAACAAUAACUCGGAUUCUAAUAAGAAGUUUCUCCUUAGAUGCUCCUAUAUUGAGAUCUACAACGAAGAAAUCCAUGAUUUAUUGAGUAAGGAUGCGAAAUAGAAAUAUGAAUUGAAAGAAGGAUAACAGGGAGUCUUCAUUAAAGAUCUCAAUAUUGCAGUAGUCAGAACAACUUAAGAGAUGGACAAGUAUAUGCAAUUGGGCACUCAAAACAGGUCUGUUGGGGCUACUGCGAUGAAUAAAGAAUCUAGUAGAAGUCAUUGUAUUUUCACAGUAUAUAUUGAAUGUUCCAUUACAGAUUCUAAAGGAAAUGAGAGAAUCACUGCAGGGAAAUUGAAUUUAGUUGAUUUGGCCGGAAGUGAAAGGUAAUCCAAAACAUAGGCAACAGGAGAUCGAUUGAAAGAGGCUACAAAAAUUAAUUUGUCUCUGUCUGCGUUGGGAAAUGUAAUCUCAGCACUAGUUGAUGGAAAGACCUAACACAUUCCUUAUAGAGAUUCAAAGUUAACUAGGCUGCUUCAAGAUUCCUUAGGGGGUAAUACUAAGACCAUUAUGAUCACUGCAAUCAGUCCCUCUGAUUUUAAUUAUGAUGAGACAUUGUCGAGUUUGAGAUAUGCUUCAAGAGCAAAGAUGAUAAAAAAUCAACCUAAAGUAAAUGAAGAUCCGAAGGAUGCCUUAUUGAAAGAACAAGCUGAAGAAAUCAAAAAGUUAAAGGAAUUAUUAUCGAGAUAAGCAGCUGGAUAGCCUGUAUCUUUAGAAGCCUUUCAAUAAUUUAGUAGACCAGAUGACAACAGUAAUGCUGAGAUUUUUAGAUUAAAGGAAGAGAAUGAUAGACUAAUGAGAGAGAAAUAAGGACUCUCACAACCAGUAAAUUCAGAGGAAAAAUUAAAGGAGUUGCAUGAAUUUAAAGAAAAAAAUAAUCUACUUUAAUAGGAGAAGGAUAAGUUUGAAUAAGAGAUGAGAGAAAAAGAGUAGUAGGCUGAAUAAGAGAGACAGGCUAGGCAGAGGUUAGAAUAAUUACUUAAGGAGAAAGAAUAGAUGAUAGUUUAAGGGGGAAAGGGAAGUGAAGAUGAUAAAAAGAAAUACAAGAAAAUUAGAUAAACUAUUGAAUAACAAAAAAAAGAGCAUGAAGCUUUGAUACAACAAUAAGAGCAACAAUAAUAAGAGAUGUUUGAAAUUGAGACUAAAUAUCAGAAUGUGUAAGAGGAAGUAGAGAAGCUAAGAAAACUGAUUAAAUAUUUAAGGAAGAAGUUAGAAGAAGCUACUAUAGAAUAAAAGGAUUUAUAAUAGGAAGUAGAAUAUUAAAAGGAAGAUAUGUUAGAAACAAUAAGAAGUCAGUAGAAAGAGAUUAAGCUCUAUGCAGGUAUGGUCAAGAUGAUGUUUAGCCAGAGUGAAUUAGAAUCUAUUUAGGCAGCAAGUGAAUGGGAUGAAGAUGCUCAAGAGUAUAAGAUCCCUCCCUUCAAUUUUAAAGCAAAAAAAGUAAACUUUCCAUCUCUACCAUAUAAAUAAGCCAUGGAUCUAAUUGAGUUAGAAAAAUAAGAAAGGGUGCUUGAAAUUAACACUGGUUAGCAAAAUAAUAAAAGUUACCUUUCAGAGUAGGAAUAAGAUAAUCUACAAAGAAUAAUAACUCCUAGAAUUCCAAAGAAAGAAUCUCAAUAAAAAUAAAACACUUCUAGUUAACCUCAAUUGGAUAGAGGGUAGUUAGUAGCUGAAAAGAUGAGAUAGAAUUACUAAGUUUUAGAGUAACAAGAAGGAAAACAGCGGUAUCAGAGUGAAAUAGUGAAUUACCAAUUUCCAGAGAAAAAAUAAAAUUAAAAAAUUAUUCUCAGUCCUAUAGACAAUAAGGAUACUUCUGUUUACACUUCAAAUAGUUAGUAUAUUUUUAAUGGGAAUGCGAGUAAUAAUAAUCUUAGUCAAAUCAGUUUGAAUAGGAAUAAAAAAAAUAUUAAUUUGCAACCACUUGAAUAAAAGCCAUUAUUUGGGUAGAAUGAUGAUUAACAUAAAAGAAAAUAACACUAGAGAGUGUAAUAAAUUUGA